CUUUUUCUCUACCUAAACAGAAAAAAAUAUAUAUAUAAAAUCUUCUCUUUCUUUAUCGUUGGGGUUUCUUGGUGCUGAAUUUUAACUUUAAUUCACAGAACCCCAGAAGCAAAGUUUCAAUCCUUUCACUCUUCCCUAUCGUUCCCCUCUGCUUAUUGUUCAUGGAGCCUUCUAUUUGCCGCUGAAUUGAAUUUUUUCAAGUAAAGGAAGAGAGGAAGAGGAGUAGAGAGAGAGAUAAACACUGGAACAAAGGAAAAAUGGCGAACUGUAUAAAUGGGGUUGCUUUUUCUCCGUUGUUCAAAUUGAGUUUGGUGUUUUCUUCUUCACCACAGAAAAGACACCCUUUGUUGUUUCCUUCAUCACCUCACUUUGGCUAUGCCCUUAAACUGUUUGAUGAAAUUUCACUGAGAAGCUGCAAGCCCCGAAGUUUUGCAACCCUUGUUGCUGCAAAACCCUCCUCGGUAAGAGGGUUUAGGCCAAUCAAAUCUGUGGAGCUUGACCAGUUUGUGACCAGUGACGAUGAGGAAGAUGAGAUGAGUGAAGGGUUCUUUGAGGCAAUUGAAGAGCUUGAGAGGAUGACAAGGGAACCCUCUGAUGUUCUUGAAGAGAUGAAUGACAGGUUAUCAGCAAGAGAAUUGCAGCUUGUGUUGGUUUACUUCUCACAGGAUGGGAGGGACUCUUGGUGUGCCUUGGAAGUGUUUGAUUGGCUGAGGAAGGAGAAUAAGGUGGACAAAGAAACCAUGGAGCUCAUGGUUGCCAUCAUGUGCGGUUGGGUGAAGAAGCUGAUACAGGAGCAACAUGGUGCUAGUGAUGUGGUUGACCUACUUGUGGACAUGGAUUGUGUUGGGUUGAGGCCUGGUUUCAGCAUGAUUGAGAAGGUAAUUUCAUUGUAUUGGGAGAUGGGGGAGAAGGAAGGCGCGGUAGCUUUCGUCGAGGAGGUCUUGAGGCGUGGCAUCCCUUAUGCCGAGGCUAACGAUCUUGAAGGACACAAAGGAGGUCCAACUGGUUAUCUUGCUUGGAAGAUGAUGGUCGAAGGUGACUAUAAAGGUGCCAUUAGAUUAGUGAUUCAUUUUAGGGAAUCUGGCCUCAAGCCAGAAGUGUACAGUUACCUUGUUGCAAUGACUGCUGUGGUUAAGGAGCUGAAUGAAUUUGCCAAAGCUUUACGAAAGCUGAAAAGUUAUGUCCGUGCUGGUUUGGCAUCCGAGUUGGACCUAGAAGAUGUUGAACUUGCAGAGAAGUAUCAAUCAGAUCUUCUAGCUGAUGGGGUGCGCCUGUCCAAUUGGGUGAUUCAAGAUGGCAGCUCAUCACUCCAGGGAGUGAUCCAUGAGAGACUCCUUGCCAUGUAUAUUUGUGCAGGCCGUGGAAUCGAAGCAGAGAGGCAACUAUGGGAGAUGAAGCUCGUAGGCAAGGAGGCCGACGGAGAUCUCUACGACAUUGUUCUCGCCAUUUGUGCCUCGCAGAAGGAGGCAACAGCGACAGGGAGGCUUCUGACCCGGUUGGAGGUCGCAAGUUCUCCUCAGAAGAAGAAAACACUGUCGUGGUUGUUAAGAGGCUACAUUAAAGGCGGCCAUUUCAAUGAGGCGGCCGAGACAGUCAUGAAAAUGCUUGAAUUGGGAGUAUUUCCGGAAUAUUUAGACAGGGUAGCUGUGCUUCAAGGUCUAAGGAAAAGGAUACACCAAAAUGGGAAUCUAGAUACCUAUCUAAGCCUGUGUAAGUCCCUCUCUGAUGCAAAUCUUAUAGGACCAUGCCUUUUAUAUUUGUAUAUAAGAAAAUGUAAGCUUUGGGUUGUGAAAAUGCUCUAAAGAGAGAAUGAGCUCAUUCAGUUAUAAAUCUCCAACCCCUUUUGUUUUGGAGGCAGAAUAGUUUGUGUAUACAACAAACCAUUGUAUAAUUUUGUAUAGUCCUAUAAUGCCAAAUGGACCAAUAUAGCAGCAUAGCAAUUUGUAAUGAGUAUGUAUGUAUUUAUGUUUGUGCA